AUGCACCAAGCAGCUCGCAUAACAGAGAGCUAUCUGGCCCAAGUGAAAAGCUUAGCAACUCCAGCAAGCCAAGUCCGUUCUUUCCAACGUCUCUGGUGGCGAAAAGUUGAGAAGUUCUCAAAUUCCAGAGCUGUGAAGAACCAAGGCAGGAGUUGUCAAAAGAAAAUCAGAGACCCUGGUCGAAUCAAGAGCAAUGUGGAUGGGCGGUACCUGGUAGACGGAGUCCCUUUCAGCUGCUGCAACCCCAGCUCCCCACGGCCCUGCAUACAGUACCAGCUCACCAACAACUCGGCACACUACAGCUAUGACCACCAGACCGAAGAGCUCAACCUCUGGCUGCGGGGCUGCAGGGCGGCUCUGCUGAGUUACUACAGCAGCCUCAUGAACUCCAUGGGUGUGAUCACGCUCCUAGUCUGGCUCUUUGAGGUGAGCAUCACUGCUGGACUCCGCUACCUGCACACAGCGCUGGAAAGCGUGGCCAACUCCGAGGAUCCCGCUGAGUGGGAGAGCGAGGGCUGGCUGCUGGAGAAGAGUGUGCCCGAGACCUGGAAGGCCUUUCUGGAGAGCUUCAAGAAGCUGGGCAAGAGCAACCAGGUGGAGGCUGAGGGCGCAGACGCAGGCCAGGCUCCAGAGGCUGGCUGACGGGCUGGGGCCGCUCCCCUCCUCACACGUAGCGGACUCCAGGAAAUGUCCAUCUCCCCUUGUCCAGCUGAAAGUCCAAAUUUCCCAAGAAAGCUGGGCACCUACUGACUCUCCUUGACAGUGGGCCUUGAAGUUCGGGGUUCUUAGGGCAUGCAACAGACAUGUGAAAUGGCUGCCUCUAAAUGUGAGGGAGCGAGCCUUCCCAGUGGAUGCCCAGCCUCACAGGGGCCGGUCCAGGAUUCAUCUCUGUCUGAGUCCAGCUCUCCCACAGGUGACUGGCUGCAUCAAGACCCCUCCCCUGGUAGUGUCUGUCUCUUAUCUGCGUCCAAAUCGUCACUUGAUACAUAAACACAGGGUGAAAAAACCAAGGGCUAUGUUGUCUCUUCUUUAAGGGCAGGGCUGACAGGCUGGUCAUCGUUUCUCAUGGUAGAUUAUGGGGGAGGGGCAAUUUUAUUUCUAUAAAAGCAAUGGACUCCCCAGAGGCUCACCCCACAUAGGAAUCCACAGAUGGUGACGAGGUGAGGCCUUUCCUUUAUCCUACGUCUCCCCCAUUCCCUGAGUCACUUAUUCCAGCUUCACCCACGGGCUCCUGGCAUGUGGCAGCACCCCCUCCACUCACAAAGUGCUGGGUGAGCCACUGCCUGUGGCUUGUCUGAGACAGAGCAGGGCGAGCUUGCUGUACUUCUGUGGAAGACAGUGACGAUCACAAGAAUCUACCACUUGCGGACCAGGCCUUACCUCCUGGUGGGCUUGGGGUUGUGAGCUCAGAUCCUUGGGGACUGCACUUCAAGAGGGCAAGGGCCUCUGGGAACUUGUUUCCCCCAAAGCGGUGUGGAAGGGCUUCUGUCAUCAAGAAGCCUGUCGGAGACAGGCUUUCUUUCCAGACUAGCAGGUGUGGGAAGUUGCCGUUUCUUCUGGGAAAGACAGGCAAGCUCUCAGGGAAAGAGAGGCAUGGUUUUUGCUGGCACCCAGGCUGGGAUGCCCAGAUCACCACAGGGCCCAGUUGCUGUUGGAGUGCACUGUGUAAUUCUAACCUCUCUCAGGGGGAAGACCCAGUCAGAGAUCCUGAUGACACCAUCAAAUUUUGGCCCUAGUCUCUCAGAGCAAAGGAUGGCCCAGAGGACAGGCACUGUGCUGAAGACCCCGAGUUUCCCACUAUCCCUCAGGAGGGCUGGGAGCCAACGUGAGAGCUAUUUUAGGACCCACGUGUACCUAUGUUGUCAACAGUUGUAUUAAGAGACAUUAAAAGCUAUGUUGUGUGAAAAUCA